CUGCGGCCCAGGUCCCGCCCCUCGUGUCCUCGCUGUAUCCGGCAGCGUUAAUAAAGUUGCAGCAGUUUGACAUUUGCGGCGGACAACAUGGCGGCCUCCACGCUCGGCUCUCUGCUGCGGACAGUCCGGCAGGUGGUUCCUUCAUCAGCUUCAGGCCAAGUUCGAAGUUACUAUGUAGAUUGGAAAAUGUUGCGUGAUGUGAAGAGAAGAAAAAUGGCCUAUGAGUAUGCAGAUGAGAGGCUUCGGAUCAAUUCUCUCAGGAAGAAUACCAUUCUGCCAAAAGACCUUCAGGAAGUGGCUGAUGAAGAAAUUGCUGCCCUUCCCCGGGAUAGCUGUCCUGUUAGAAUCAGAAAUCGGUGUGUUAUGACAUCCCGUCCACGAGGUGUAAAGCGGCGCUGGAGGCUUAGUCGUAUCGUCUUCCGUCACUUAGCCGACCAUGGGCAACUGUCUGGGGUGCAGCGAGCAAUGUGGUAAUAAUCAGCUCCAGAACCUACUGAGCUUACAGGAAAACCAGUUCUGGCAAGAAGAGACUUCUCUAAUAGACAAAAACCUAGUUUUUAUGGGGGUCCAGAAUAAAGGUCUUCUCUACCUGAUGCUAUCUAUAGUUAAAUUACUUAUAAAUUUUAAAUGAAAAAAUUUGGAAGUUUCAUUCUGUCAGUGAAUUAUCUUUUCUCCUGGACUUAAUAAAUUACUGUUCCCAAGCAUAGUGUGAAGAGUAGAGUAAUAAAAAAUAUUUCUGUGGAAA